AUGGAAUUAGCAACAAUUGCAACAAAAGAAGAAAGUACAUUAACUGAGUUAAUAUUUAUUCAUAAAAAAUUAUUCAAACUUUCAUCGCAAAAAAAUUCGGUGCUAAAUUUAUCAGCAAAUUUUUAUACGAAUUAUGGUCCACGUUCUGUUCGAUGGUCAAUAUGUUUCUCAGGUUAUACAACAAUUGCAGUUAAUUCCACCGAUUCAUAUUCAAUUCCACCACGUGGAAAAUAUAAAAUUACUGCUAAAGCAAUUUCAAAACAAAAUAUUGAAAUAUCAACUGAAUUAACAUUUGAAAGAAAUUUAAUUGAUAUAUGGAAUUCGGAAUUUUUGACAAAAAUUUCAACUAUUUUGGAUUCAAACGAUUUUUUUGAUUGUAUAUUAAAAUUACGAUAUGAAUUACGAUUUGAUGCAAAUGAAUUUAUUCACAUUAAUCCAUGGCUAUUUUCAACAUCAUUUGUAUCAACAAUAAAUAUAGUAGCAAAUCUACCAAAUAAUGAUUAUCGUUCAAUUAUGUAUGCAAAUGCUAUGCAAAAAUCUGAUUUUAAAAUACACACAAAAAAUGGAACAAUUGAAACUGUACGCUAUUUAUUAUAUUUAACAAUUGAUCGAAUACAUAAUGAAAUCGAUGCUAAUCCAUCGAUUAAAUCAAUCGUAAUUGAACAUCAAAAAGAAUCAGUUCAACAGAUGAUUGAUUAUGCAUUAAAAGGUUCAUUUGAUAUGAUGGAUGCAUCGCCAGAUAUUUUAGAUGAUUUUAUCAUUUGUAUUCGGACAUUUCGGCCGCGCGGCUUUUGGACACUUAUCCACCAUAUCACUGAUGGCCUUCGUAAUAAAUUAAAUGAGCAAUGGAAAAAUUUGAAUAUCGAUAUUGUAUUACGCUAUCUUACCUUAAGCGCCCAUCAUCGUUUGCAUGAAUUAUGCUCAAAAGCUAUUAUACUUAUUGCAAAUGUACACUAUAAGCAAUUUAUGCUUGAAUAUAAUGUUGAUUCAAAAGGAACAAAAUUAGAAAUUUACAAUAUGCUUAAAAAUAGUGAAUUGCCAUUUGAAGGAAAUGCAAUUCAAAAAAUUCAAUCUAUUUAUUAUGCCGGUAAGCAAACCGAAGUUUUGUUCCGGUAUCGAGUGAAACAGGAACGAAGUCAUACAGGAAAUGAUCUUGCAGCAAUCAAAUAA